AUGGAUAAUUUUUGCUGUUUGAAGUCUUCUUUCGCUAAGCUUGUAUCCACGCGAUCAUCAUGCAGCACAGGUAAAGGGAAAAAUCAUCAAGGGUCAAUAAAGUAUGGUUUCACCCUAGUGAAAGGGAGAGCUAAUCAUCCGAUGGAGGAUUACCAUGUCGCCAAGUUCGUGCAGUUACAAGGAAAAGAAUUGGGUUUGUUUGCUAUUUAUGAUGGCCACUUGGGCGAUAGUGUUCCUUCCUACUUACAGAAACAUCUAUUUUCCAACAUUUUAAAAGAGGAUGGAUUUUGGGAGGACCCUGCCGCAUCUAUCUCAAAAGCAUAUCUGAGCACAGAUAAGGCAAUUCUUUCACAUAGUUCUGAUCUCGGGCGUGGCGGAUCAACAGCUGUAACUGCAAUACUAAUCAAUGGUCAACUGUUAUGGACGGCUAAUGUAGGAGAUUCACGAGCCGUUCUUUCAAGAAAAGGUCAAGCAGUGCAAUUGACUACUGAUCAUGAACCUAACACAGAACGCGGCAGCAUUGAAAAUAAAGGUGGUUUUGUCUCCAACAUUCCAGGUGAUGUACCUAGAGUAAACGGACAACUGGCUGUUUCUCGUGCAUUUGGAGACAAGAGCCUCAAGUCUCAUUUGCGGUCAGACCCCGAUGUACAAAGGACCGAUGUAGAUGUUGAUAUUGAUAUUCUAAUCCUUGCAAGUGAUGGACUUUGGAAGGUAAUGAGUAAUCAAGAGGCCGUUGAUAUUGCUAGAAAGAUGAAAGAUCCACUGAAAGCAGCUAAGAAUUUAACAGUUGAAGCAUUAAAAAGAGACAGUAAAGAUGAUAUAUCUUGUGUUGUGGUUAGAUUUAGGAGUUGA